CAGUUUGAUUAAACUUUAUUAGCGUCGGUGCAUUUGGAUAACAUUUCAAACAUGGGGGCACGGGUCGUGCGUAUGUUCCGAAAUUUCAACCUGGAGAACCGCGUACACCGAGAAAUCUCCAAGGACAAGCCGCGAACGGCACCCCGACACGAGGUCAAGAUCCCGCUGUCCGUUGGCUGUCCUGAAGCUUUGGAGACGGCAGUCAAGCAGAAGAACGACCCUCUGCUGGCCCUCCUGAAGUCUGUGUAUGUGGAGUCGAAAGAUCCGGCAGCGGCAGAGGACUCAAAGGUCGUUGCAGCGGACGAGGAGUCGGCGCGGCGGCCGCUGAGGUUCAGUUUACCGGGGGCACCUUACGGCCUGGGGGAGCUCACAGAUGUCCCGAAAGGCAAGCUGACCAUCGUGGAGGCCCUGAAUGCCCUCGGCAGCCACCAGCAUCAGCCUCAGACGUGGACGACGGGAAAGAUCGCUCAGGAAUAUGCUCUGGACUUGAAGGACACCAAAGAUUUUCUGGAGUUCUUCAUCCCCUUCCAGGUUGAGAUCAUUCCGCCCAAGACUGCAAAUGCCAAGCAGAUAAAGGCAUCGUAGGACUGCAUUGUAGGUGGACAAAAUAUGAGCUGACUUAUUUAUGUGCGUCAAUGCACUGCGUUGUGAGAGCGACCUGAUUGUAACUGAUUGAGUUUCUCAAGCCUCGAGUUUGUACCCAAUGUAGUUACCUAAUAUGUAGGUGGGAUCAGGCGAUACUGUAUGUCUACGGGUGAUAUAUUGAUCUACAGCAAAGAAACAUGAAAUCAAUAAAUAUGUACCAGUAUUUUAUUUAAAACA